CGACGACUUUCAAAGAGGAAAUACAAAUUCAAUACAUUAAAUUUUAAAGAAAAUGAGAACACACGCAGCCACAGCCUUGUACGCAUUACUAGCUCUAUACUGCUUAGGAAGUACUUUAAGUGGGCCCAUAACGGACGUUGGUAAACAAUUUCAGCAGACUGGCGGCGCUGCCAGUGAUUUGGGCAACAUUGAUGUGGUCAAAGAUGCCAAACCAGUCGGUGGUAAAAUUAUUUCCGAUCUAAAUCCCGUCGAGAACAUCAUAAGUUCCAUUCCAGAUGAAAUCGGUUCCUUAGAGAAGUUAAUUUCUAUACUCAGCAAACUGCUCUCAACAGUAAAACCCAACGACUCCGAGCUUCCUGUCGAUAGUUCCUCGGAAAUACCAACUGGUUCAGAAACACAGGUUCCAGUCGAUAACUCCUCAGAAAUACCAAGUGAUUCCGACUGCGAUGGGUCAGAAACUCAGACUCCAACCGAUAAUUCCUCAGAAAUACCAACUGGUUCCGACUACGAUGGUUCAGAAACACAGGUUCCAGUCGAUAAUUCCUCAGAAAUACCAACUGGUUCAGAUUACGAUGGUUCAGAAGCACAGGUUCCGGUCGAUAAUUCCUCAGAAAUACCAAGUGAUUCCGGCUGCGAUGGGUCAGGAACUCAGGCUCCAACCGGCAAUUCCUCUGAAAUACCAACUGGUUCAGACGACGGUGAAUCAGAAACACAGGUUCCGGUCGAUAAUUCCUCAGAAAUACCGAGUGAUUCCGACUGCGAGGGGUCAGAAACUCAGGCUCCAACCGGCAUUUCCUCUGAAAUACCAACUGGUUCAGACGACGGUGAAUCAGAAACACAGGUUCCAGUCGAUAAUACCUCAGAAAUACCAACUGGUUCAGACGACGGUGAAUCAGAAACACAGGUUCCAGUCGAUAAUUCCUCAGAAACACCAACUGGUUCCGACAACGAUGAGUCAGCGACACUAACUUCCAACACCGAUGAGUCGGCUACACAAGUUCCAGUCGAUACUUUCUCAGCACUACCAACUGAAUCUAUCACCGAACAUGAACAUGGUCAAUAACUAACCUUAUAUUAAGCAAA